CUGCCCCUCAUGCAGGCCAGCCAGUAAUGGCGGUACCAGGCGCGGGCAUGACGGGGCGGGGCUGCCCUUCGGCCCUACCUAACGGCGGGCAGGGCUGUCCGCGCGCCUUAUGUAAGGGCAGAGGCGGGGCCGGCACCCCUGUGGCGGCAGAAGCACCACCGCCAUGUCCUGGUACCGUAACGCCGUGUGGUUUGUGAAGGGGCUGCGGGAGUACACGAGGAGUGGCUAUGAGUCUGCUUCCAAGCACUUCAAUCCAGCUGAUGUGGAGGUGAACGUGGCUGGAAGAUCCUUUCUGGUCACCGGCGCAAACAGUGGCAUUGGCAAGGCCACCGCCAAAGAGAUAGCAAGGAGAGGUGGCACGGUUCAUCUGGUUUGCCGAAGUAAGGAACGGGCUGAGGUUGCCAAAGGAGAAAUAGUGACAGAAACGGGCAAUCCGAAUAUCUUCUUGCAUAUUGUGGAUAUAUCUAAUCCCAAGGAAAUCUGGAAGUUUGCUGAAAAAUUCAAAAAUGAACAUAAAUUAAAUGUGUUGAUCAACAAUGCAGGAUGUAUGGUGAAUAACAGAGAAUUAACUGAAGAUGGACUUGAAAAAAACUUUGCAACGAACACUUUGGGUACAUACAUUCUGACAACUGCCCUGCUGCCCCUCCUGGAAAAGGAAGCUGAUGCCAGAGUGAUAACUGUCUCUUCUGGGGGCAUGCUAGUUCAAAAAUUAAACAUAUCUGACUUGCAGUCGGGAAAUGGGACAUUUGAUGGAACUAUGGUGUAUGCACAAAACAAGAGACAGCAAGUUGUCUUGACAGAACAAUGGGCAAAAGCUCACAGAAACAUCCAUUUCUCUGUUAUGCACCCUGGCUGGGCAGACACUCCAGCUGUGAGAUCGUCAAUGCCAGAUUUCUAUCAGAAGAUGAAGAAUAAUCUGCGCACAGAGGCCCAGGGAGCUGAUACUGUUGUAUGGUUGGCAGUAUCAACUGAAGCAACAAAGUUACCGAGUGGCUUGUUCUUCCAAGACAGGCAACCAGUCCCCACACACUUACCCCUGGCAAGCACCCACAGUCCGUCAGAAGAUGAGGAGAAGUUAAUGGAGAUGCUGGAAGAGUUCUCCCAGAAGUUUAAAUCCACAUCUCCAGGAACUUAGUGUCACUGCUGACACAGUGUAACCACAAAUCUAAUUACACAGUAACAGUACUGUAGUGUGCCUGCUGUUGAGGGGAAGUAGGAUGCCAUAGCCCUGUUAAAAAUAGUGUUCAGGUGUUCUCAUCAUGGGGGAGAGUGGUGCCUGCAACUUUUUUCCUUUCUUUUCCUGCUGCUGAGAGUCUCUCCCAUUGUGAAUAUGCACCUGCUGUCUUGAGACACAGUAAGGUUGUGUUCUUUGAAUUAGAAGAAAAAUUUGGAGGCAUUAAAAUGAAACCCAGGACUUUGUGAAGUUACCCAAAAUGCAGAGGAAUGUACCUUCAGUAGCCCUCAUGAAAGACUUUGGAAAGAAGCAGUAAAUGUUUUAAGCGAUAUUUAACCGCUGUAUUUGCCAGGUUGGUGGCUUCCUUCACUGCGUGAGGGUGACUGGGCUCAAACCUAUAACCAGGACUGCAGAAACUCUCUUGCAUCGCCUGCUUAGUUUAAAUGGGAGGAUUGCUCAUGGCCUUCAGUUUCUAUAAGUCAGUGCUGGUAUGCAGAAGGGAUCUGCUUCCUUGCGUUUAAACAGCAAGAAUUUAGGAAUGCUGCCAAAUGCCUUCCACAUUACUUUAUGGAGCCAGGGCUGAAUAUUAUCCUGUUUAUGUCAAGACACCAUGAAGUAGGAGGUUUCAACACAUGCCACACCCAGACAUGUUGGAUCCAGAGGAGAAAGGGCUGCAUUACUCUAGGCGUGAAAAGAAAUAGCAUGCUAAGCCACUGGUGCUUGCCAUUUCUGUGAAAGAUCAAAGGGAAUUGCUUUAUCAUUAUGAGUGGAUUAAAGGAGGGAAGGGAACACUGGGGGGCACAGGUCUUAGAGGAGAAGUCCACCUUCUGAUGAGAAGGUUGUAUUUUGUCUGGAACUGUUUAUUUCCAGACACGGAGGAUGGGAUUCAUCUUACCUGACCUGUGGACAUUUGAAUUACUCAUUGGGAUUCUCACUGUAAAUCAGGAGAGCGAAAACAGGCUUUUCCAUGGUGAUUUACUGCCUCUAGUUUAAGAAACAACCCCUCUAUUCCUACAUCUUUCUACUGGUGGUGAAGACAACCAGCUCAGACUUAAGACAUUCGGGCAGGUUUCAUUUUGUCUUAGGUCUUUCAGAUUUACUGCAAAGCCAAGGCUAUUAAUAACAAUAGUGGUAACACGUUUUCUCCUGAACGGAGUGUGUUUGAUAGCAAACUGCAUGCAGACCCUAACCAAGCUGCGCUACUGUUUUAUAUGUGGCUGUAGACCAGUGUGGUAGGACCAAAGACCUGGACACAACUCUAACACAGGCGUUCUUGAGCUCUCUGCGGUGACUGGUAGCUAAAGGCCAUGCCCGGGGCAGAGGAGAACUUGUUAAUGUCUGCUUUACAUAAUUUAGUUUCCCAAAAGAUGUCCUGGCUGAUGGCAUUUACUCAUUAUUCAAAGACAUCCUAUUGAGUAUCAGUUUAGGAAAAAACCUUCUCCUUUCAGCCUGUGGUCAGUCUCCUUGGAAAUAAAGGCUUUACCGUCAGAGAGGCCCUGAAAUAAGUUUUCCCAUGAUAAGCGGUGCUGAGAUACGUCAGGCUGUCACAGCUUUUCCUGAGGAGGCUGGCUCAGCAUUCAAAUUAUAGCUUCAUUUUAAAGAAAGAAGAUUUGCUCCUCCUCGCACUACAGUGAAAGAAAACAACAGCAAGGCUUGUACAGAUGUUUAUUUCCUAGAAGUCUGGUAUUAGCAUAUUCCAUGGCUCAAACUGUUAAAUACAGUUAUGGAACACAAGAGCGUGGCUGGAAACAUAUAGAAUAACUACAUUUCUCAAUCCAGUAGCUGCAAGGCUAAUAAAAACAUUUCCAUUCUUGAGUAUUUAAGUCAAGCAGCUUCUUAGCUCCGCAGUAUGGAAGUUUAAUGACUGGUAUUUAAAUAGUUAGUAAAAAAUAACCAAAAGUGCACUAUAUAUAUAAAACCCAUAUCUUUUAGUCUGCUUUCUCUUACUGAUGUAUUUGAAUAGCCUAUGUUUUUCUUUUUAGUCACAGCUUACAAAUAAAACCAAAAGUAUGAAAACUGCUUUAAUUAAAGUUUGGUCACAGUGUAAAAGAGCCAGAUACUAUGGUUUAAGAGCACUUGUGAUUUAAAAAGAAUUAAAACACAGGACAGUGAUUAGAAACAAAAUCUAAAGUCUCCCACGCUUUGGUAUUAUGGUGCCGAUAAUGUUUUACUUCAGCUUCUUUGCACAAGAGCACAGACAGCGUGUGGCUGUAAAGCCAGCGAGAUGCUUCGCGUUAAUGCAAUUCAGAAUGACUUGUACCUGCAUGUAAGCAAAUACAUUUAGUGCCACCUAUAAAAUUUUAGGGGCAAGAGCAAAAUGGCAUCCAGUGAUGGAUUACCAGAAACACGCAGUGGUGCAAAUUCUCGCUGAGCAGCAUGGGCUGAGGCAUUCAGUCCACACCUGCUUUAUAGGAGCCAAAUGAUAAGCACAGCAGCUGUUCUUACCACCCUGCCCUUUGCAUGCUCAGCCCAACGCUUCUUUGUGUCAGCUUGCAGGCUGAUGUGACUCUGACCUCACUUGGUUUUUUUGCAUUCUGAAGGCUUUCGCAUUUUUCUUCAUGUUGUGAAGUCACCUAGUCAAAAGGUUUUUGCUCCAGGAUUUUGCAUGAAGAGUUUAGUGCCACAGCCCAUGCUUAGAGGCGUUUAUUUCCCUGUGGCUUAAUGGAAACGCAUGGCCCAUCAGCAGCACAGGGGGACUGGCCACAGUGAUACAGGUGCUGCUGAAAGAAUUCUCUGUCAUGGGUGAAGAUCUUAGCAUGUCAGUGUAACAGAUAUCAGAGGAUUUUGUAAACUGCAUUUCCUCUUCUCCUAAGUUUCAUUUCUGGACCAUGUUUAUUGUUCGUAAAAAACAACAAAAUAAAACAACCUGUCUGAUUAAAGGCAUAAA